UUUAAAUGUGGACGCAAUGGACAGCUAUGUCUUCUGCAUCGCCAGCAAAAAGAGUGCCCAAAGACUGGCCAAAGAGAUGAAUGAUAUUAAUACAUUUUGUCCGGAGAAGAAGUCACCGGAAAAGUACGGAGUAAUGGGCGAUAAGUUUGUGUUACUCAACGAAAUAGGAGAAGCGGCCGGUGUUCUGCUCGACGCCAAAGUGAUUUCACUACUUAAGAAAUAUGAGGAAUGCAUUGAUUUCAUACAUUUCACGGAUCAAUAUUCCGGAUACAGAUUAGCCGAAGACACUCAACCCAUUAAACUUCCAGAUGUAAAGCGAAUGUUAAUUUUUGCCUUCAAUUUCCCGAGCAAUAGUAGCAAAAACCUGGAUGAGAUUGAAUCGAUGAAACCAUUGCUUCAACUGGUCUUCUACUCGAUCGACAAAGUC